AUGGCACCCGAGGUUCAGGCCAACGGGCAAGCCAAUAUCCUGUCGGAUAUGUUCUCUCUGGGGCUGGUGAUCUGCGCCAUCUUCAAUAAUGGCCGCUCCAUCAUCCAGGCCAACAACAACCCGCUGCUGUACAUGAAGCAGACCGAACAUUUGGAACUCAUCGUGAAUGCAGUGCUGCCUCGCGUGCCGGCCGGCCUGCAGGAGGCAGUGGGAAGGUUGCUCACGCGCGACCCGCACCCGCGCCCCACCUGCCAGCUGCUUCCCUUGAUCAAGUACUUCAACGAGCCCGCCAUUCAGGCCAUGCAGUUCCUGGAUGUGAUCACCAUGAAGGAUCCCAACCAGAAGAGCAACUUCUAUCGCACUACCCUCAUCGAUGCUCUGCCCUACAUCCCCAAGAAGUUGCGCUGGCAGCACGUGUGGCCAGCCCUACAGCUGGAGGUGCGCACAGCCGAGGUCCUGGCCGCUGUGCUGAUGCCCAUCAUCUGGCUCACCAACGAGGCCUCGCCCGAUGAGUUCUCCACCUACGUGCUCCCGACUCUGAAGAGCUUGAUGAACUCACCGAAGAGCGUGCAAGCCACGGUGACCAUGCUUGAGAACUUGCACGUUGUGACGAAAAAGUGCCAGCCCGAUGAGGUCACUUAUGACGUCAUGCCGUUGCUCUUCACCGCGCUUGAUAAUAACACCAACCAGAUUCAGACUGCAUCCCUGAUAGCUAUGCAGAAUAUUUCUGAUUACAUCGAUGACAAGUCUUUGCACGGGAUUGUGUUGGCAAAGGUGAAGAUUCUGCUCGAGAAAAACCAGAGCGAUGUCAAGAUCAUCAGCCUCAUUCUGGGCUUCUACGAGAAGAUCCUGUGCCGUCUCGAGAGGAACCACAUCCUGGAGCAAGUGAUUCCGACUCUCCUGAGCAUGCGUCUCAGUGAUCCUGAUAUAAUCACUCGCGUUGUUAAACUUUACAAGUCGAUGCUUAUGGAGAGGAAAUUCGGUUUGACAACCAAUGUUAUGGCCACCAAGAUGAUUCCAGCGCUGGCCCCUCAGACCAUCAACCCGGCACUGAGCAUUGAUCAGUUCACUAACUUGAUGGAGAUCUUGUACGAUAUGCUGGACAAUAUCGACCAUAACCAGCGCUACAAACUGAAGCUGGACAGCUUGACGCUGCCGAGCCCGGAGCGCCACCGCCCGCUGCGCCACCAGAUGAGCACCGACAACAUGACGGUGCCGCCCUUCAACAUCCCCAACCUGCGCGUGGAGCAGCGUAAGACCUCCAGCGCCGAGGACAUGGCUCGCAAGAACUCUGUCACUGCUACCACCGCGCCCUCUACCAGCGUGGGCGGGGGAUUCAAGAGCACUGGAAUCGGCCAAUGGUUCUUCGGCUCUUCCAACUCUAACAGCAAUGAUAACAACUUCUUGCGCGUGGCGAGCGCGUUCCCCAACCGCCGCCUGUCGGACAACACUCUGAUGACGCCCAAGAUCCGCAUCGCGCCCUCCUGCGCCUCGUCCCCCGGCGGGACCCCGGGAGGUAACUCCGGCCUGCCCACGCGCCGCCACUCCAGCAUCGGGCCCCAGGAGCGCCGUGGAUCCGCGGUGAAUCUCUCGCCGCCGACUGGCGGUUCGAUGCCGAACACUUCGUCGAGCGUGCCGUUCCUGCUGACGUCGUCGAUGCAGUCGAUCCGCUCGCGGCGCCCGUCGGCCAUGAGCAACUCGCAGGGCUCCGGGCUGCUGCAGCAGCUGAGCAGCGGCAUGUACCAGCUGUUUUCCGGGCGUACGUAA